AUGGCGGAAACGCCGAACACCAGCUCUACUGUCGAUGGCCUCAAGGCUCAUGCAUGCGUUCUCUGCCAGCGACGAAAGGUCAAAUGCGACCGGAGACAACCAUGCGCAACCUGUGCCAAAGCAUGGCUGGUCUGUGAGUAUCGUGAACCGCUACCGCCUCGGAGGCGAAAAAAGAAAGAUUCCGAGACCACUUUGGCUGCUCGGGUCCGGCACUACGAACAUGCACUCCAGAAAGCCGGAAUCGAUGUGUCUUCAAUUGAUGCGGAGGAGCCUCUGCGAAUGAAUACUAGAAAUACAGUUGAAGCCGCGAGCAUUCGAAACACUCCGGUAUCGCGAGACAACCAUAGCAUUAUUUCAACCGAGAACAGUCCUGGGCAAGGGCCAGGUAGAUUAGUCUCCAGAAAGGGGAGAUCCCUUUACCUUGACAAUCAUCUGUGGAAAAGCGUUAGCCAUGAACUUCAAGACGCCGACGACAUACUCCCAGAGGAUGUCUCAGAAAAAUCUGCGGAACCUAGAAUUCAAAAUGGCGAAGAAUUCAAUAGUAGCUUCCUAUUUGGAGGUGGAAAAUCACGUCAAGUCCUCACACAUUGCCAUCCAAAUACGAUACAGAUCUUUCAAUUGUGGCAUACAUUUCUUGACGGUAUCAAUCCACUAACAAAGAUUGUCCAUGUACCUUCCUUACAACAACAAAUUCUGGAUGCUGCAAGCGACCUGGGCUCUUUGUCACCCGAGAUGGAGGCUCUUAUGUUUUCAAUCUACUCAUCAGCGUUGCUGUCCAUGCAGGUGGACGAAGUCCAGAAGUACUUCAAGCAAUCGAAAUCCACCCUUUUGGCUCGAUAUCGGCAGUAUGCACAACAGGCGUUGGUAAAUGCAGGAGUCCUUGGAACGUCGGAGCUUAUGGUGCUCCAAGCAUUUAUUCUCUUCAUACUUUCUGUCCGGCUUGUGUACAAUCCACAUGUUCUUUGGUCAUUAAGUGGAAUCUGCAUCAGAAUAGCGCAACGCAUCGGUCUUCACAGGGACGGCUCAAAGCUGGGUUUAUCUGUCUUUGAAGCAGAGAUGCGUCGACGAAUCUGGUGGAACUUGACAGUCGUUGAUGCCACCAUAGGCCACUUGGCUGGCUGUGAAUCACAUAUGUUGCCCUUGGCGGAUACUCGAUUGCCGAGUAAUAUCAAUGAUAGCGCUCUUGAUCCCGACAUGAAGGAGAUCCCGGACGAAUCCUCGGGACCGACCGAAAUGAUCUUUUGCCUGAUGUCUUACGAGCUUGGUGCUUGGCUUGCUAGGCAGGCUGAAAGUAAGACCUCAUCUUUUGACGGUUUCUGGGAGUUUCUAGGCUCUACAUCGAUCCCUAUCCAACAGAAAGACGGCAUGAUCGACGAACUCGAGCAAAUUUUCGAACGAAAGUAUAUCAGUCAUUGUGAUUCCUCCAUUCCCUUACAUUUCGUGACAUUUGUGGUAGCCAAAUCGGCCGUAACUAGUUCACGGCUACGGGUACAUCAUCCACGACAAUUCCAGGAAAGGGGACAGCCUCUCCCACCAGCCGAAAGGGACUUGCUAUUCAAUCUUUGCCUAAGGCUUCUCGAAUUCGCGGAUCCAAUUUUCCGAAGUCAGAAAGUACAAAAGUUUCAUUGGUAUCUUGAUUUCCAUUUUCCCUGGGAAGCUCUGAUUAUCAUGCUAUUGGUUUUACGCUAUCGCAAGACUGGGCAAGAAGUAGCCAAAGCCUGGCAACUGAUUGAUAUACUAUUUAGACGCCAACAAAAGAUCAUGACUCAACGUAAACGAAGUCCUCUGCAUUUAGCAGUUGCCAACCUAGCAAUCAAGGCUUGGUCGGCGCAUGUCACAGAGGCGGAGCGCAGCCAAGUUGACACCUUCCCACAACCCGAGUUUAUCAGUUUGCUAUGGCGAUAUGCUCAUCAAGAUGUACCACUUCCGUCAACGUUUUCAAUCUCGAGUGAGGCAACAGGGGAGCGGCAACAGACAAGCUCCGAACAUGACAUACCCACCCCGACUUUGACAUCAAGUAGGAGUCAUAUCAACAAUAGUGCUCAGAGUACCUUCGGAUCGUUCCCAAUCAGUACAGAAGGAAAUACAUAUAAGCAGGCAGACGCGAAUGACGGUGACGACGCAACGAAUGGCGCUAUGGAGGUUGAAGCAAACCUUUUCAAUGACAGUCCUUUUGAUUGGGAUCAAUGGGAUGCCCUGCUCCAGGAAUUUCAAGACUACAAUGCUAACGAUAUGAAUAUGCUCUUUCCUCCGCCCUUAUCAUAA